UCUUUUCAAUUUGUUGAACAUGUUCACGUUCCUAACUAUCGUAGUACUGGGGAUCUCCGCUGGACUUGCUCAGGAUGCGAAUCGCCCAAUAGUAGAAACAACUGGUGGCCAGGUCCAGGGUAUCACGGCUAGCUGUGGUCUAUUCUGCAGUUACUUCCAGUUCAACGGAAUUCCGUACGCCGAACCACCGGUUGGUGAUCUACGUUUCCGUAAUCCAGUGCCACAUGGCGGUUGGACGGGUGUUCGCAAUGCGAGCAACCAUGGGGAAAACUGUCCAUCGUUGAGUGUUUUCAGCGAGUAUUCAGGAGACGAAGAUUGCCUAUUCAUCAAUGUUUACACGCAGAAUAUUAUCGGAUCUCUGCCGGUCAUGGUGUGGAUUCAUGGAGGCGCUUUUAUAGCGGGAUCGGGUGGCUCUAGAGUUUACGGUCCGGAUUUCCUUGUGCAAGAAAACGUGGUCGUCGUGUCUUUCAACUACCGUCUGGGGAUUCUAGGAUAUUUUAGCACCGGAGACUCGCAUGCUCAAGGAAACUGGGGAAUGAAGGAUUGCGUGGAAGCUCUUCGUUGGGUUCGCGACAAUAUUGCUGCAUUCGGAGGUAAUCCGAACGACGUAACCAUCUUUGGUGAGAGUGCCGGGGGAGCUGCUGUACAUUAUUUGGUAUUGUCUCCGAUGGCCACCGGACUGUUUCAUCGUGCUAUCGCUCAAUCUGGAACUGCCUUGGUUCCCUGGGGAUUUCAAUACAAUGUAGCUGAAUUGUCUCGCAAUAUCGCUGAUAUCUUUGGGUACCCACACGAUUCUGAAGAGUUGACGCGUCGUUUACGUAGCACUCCAAUUGCUAACUUUAUUGAUCUUCAGCGAAUGCCGUCGGAUAUUCCAAUUCCAAGAGGUUUCAAACCAUUCGAAUUCGUUCCAAGUGCGGAACCAGCGGAUUCGCCAGAACCCACAUUCCUAACACAACGUCCGAUAGAAAUCUUACGUGCUGGGACAUUCAAUCAUGUCCCCAUAAUCAUCGGUUAUAACAGCAUCGAAAGUCUGUUCAUGGUCCGAGAACAUUUUAUCGACUCAACAGUAUGGAAUGAAUUUACUAGAAAUCCUCAGUUCUUCGUACCCCAUUAUUGGAACAUUCCGGUUGGAUCUGAAGCAACCGGUGCAGUUAGCCAAGCAUUCCGUGAUCAUUAUUGGCAGGAUCAAGCUCUUACACCGGACAUUAUGGUCGAGUGGUGCCAAUUCCACAGCGAGCAACAGUUUAUCUACCCUAUCGACAAAACAGUUGCGUUGACCGCAAAGGCCAACACACAACCAACCUACUAUUAUCAGUUUAGUUUCGACGGCGAUUUGAACCUACUGAAAGGUUUGCUGCGGCUCUCUGAUUACCCUGGAGCGGCGCACGCCGACGAACUUCCCUACUUGUGGUCAAUUACAAAUGCUCCAACUUCACCCGUUCUACCCGGGAACCAUGCGCUCACCGUUCGUCAACGCAUGGUUAGGCUCUGGACAAACUUUGCCAUCAGAGGUAAUCCAACGCCCAAUUCCGACACGGACCUCCAGAACAUAAAUUGGGCUCCAGUGUCUGGAGAUGAUCUGGCCUAUCUGGAUAUAGGACACGAUCUUGUAACCGGAAGCCGUCCAAAUCACGAACGGCUCGAUGUAUGGAAGGAUCUAGAAGAACGAUACGCCAACAACCCAUUCUAUUAUCCAUAUCAAUAAAUCUUUGUAUGGUGAUAAUUAAUCAAUAAAGUUA